AUGAACCCGUUGGCAGUCAAGCUGGAAGUGCUGCUACUGCUGCUCGUAUUUGCACUGUGUGCGUACGUCAUUCUCCGUGGCACAGCGGCGUUGCCUACCGAUAGGCGCAUGCCGUUGGUCCUAAUGCUUGCCCCAUGGGUGUACGUGGUGGUCAGAGAUCUGUACAUCGAUCAUGUCCCGACGCGCGGCGGAAUGCUCUAUCCGGUACUGGUGGUCGCGAUCUGGAUCCUGCGGCCACAAUUGAGGAAGCUCGCCGUGCUCGGGUACCUCGUUGAUCCUGACGGCAGUGAUGUGCAUUGCGUUGGGGUCUUCCUGCCGGAAAGUGGAAUUUUCAUUUCGAGUGCAGGUACCGCAGUGGCACCGACGAAGGAGAUUUUGCCGCUCGGUAUUUUGAUCGGAAUUUUCACCGACGGUAACAAUCUCGGGCAGUACCUGGUUCUCGGUCUGCCGUCAGUGAUGCUGAUUCCACGUCGCGUGGUGCGUGCGGCGGGCGUCGCCGUAGUCCUGUUUGCGAUCGUGUGGACGUCCUCGCGAUCGUCGUUGGCCGCGGCUGCCCUCGCAUGCGGCAUGUGGGUGCUGAUGACGGUCACACCGUCUGUGCUGCGCAGGACCAAUGUCCUGGGGGCUGGUGGGAGCGACCGGGGCGGUGAUGAUUUGGUGGCCGCUGUCCACUCCGGCAGACGAUGCGUUGACCAACCGCGGUGCAAUCUGGCGUCACAGUCUCGAUGCCUGGGGAACACGCCCUGGUUCGUUCCGGAUCGAAUUGGUAUUCAGUUCUGCCGCAACACGUCGGGAGCCUCGGCGGCUUUGCGUUCCACGGGCACAACCAGUUCGUACACACACUCGCAACGGGCGGAU